AUGACCUCCCUCCACGACUCCUCGAGACCUUUCGCCCAUGUUUCGCCUCUUUUAUCGAAAUUUGAAACAAUCAUGGCUCCCCACACUCUACUUCCGGAAGCGAUCCUGGUAUUCCCGGCUCAAUCAACCGUCAAGGCGGUACAUAUUUAUUUUCUGGGAUUGAUAUACGGCUCGAAUUUCGUGAACAUAUCCCGCUUGGAUCAAAAUGAAACGGUCUGUCGACAUGUAGAAGAGAUCUCCAGCGACCUCACUCCAGACGCCUUACUAAAGCUGUCUCUCCUCACGUGGCAUUUUGAUGCAAGAGGCGAUUUCUCCCAAGAGCUCCUUCAAUUCAUUACCGAACUGGAUGAGUUUGAGGAAGUAUGCCAGGUUAUCUGGGAGCGGUAUAGCGAUCAUUCGGAGCAUUAUGUGUCAUGCAAAGUCUUCACGGUUGAGAUGCUAAGACUGAUACGUUUUCUUGAAGGGUAUGUUGCCAGAAGUUGGACCGAAACAUGUGGUAGGAGUGGCUAG